UCUAGACGGUCUAGACUACUGUCAGUACUAGAUAGAUACAGUACCUGGCGAUUGCGAGUGAAAAAGGAGUAUGACGAGGGUGGGGCGAGUGAGACGCCAUACAUCCAGAUAAGUCUGACAAAGCCAGACACUACGGGAGGGUUCUCUUUUCCGGCUGUCAUACGCGACGCCUGUCACCGCUACCAAGUGUUUAUACUGCAUUUGUUAAAAAUAUAUUAACAUUUAUUGAGUUACCAAACAGUGUCCAGUGACAAGCACCUACUUGUUAUCAAUCAAUUUCAGAUAGCAGAUAGGAGACAGUAUUACAUGAGUUAAAGUAAGACCGGGUGGACUUAAAUUUACUGAUGCAAGAUGGCUUGGAGAUUUAAGGCUUCCAAGUAUAAAAAUGCAACUCCAAUUGUCCCGAAGCCUGAGGCAUGUAUUAGGGACAUUUGCGUGGGUUCAUAUCAAACUUAUGGCAACAAUAUUGCGGCUUCUGCUGCCUUUAUGGCAUUUAAUGUUGAUCAUAAUGGAUCGAGUUUGGCGGUUUUACCAUUGGAAGAUUGCGGUAGAAAAAGCAAAACAAUGCCACUGCUGCACGCUCACGCGGACACAGUAACAGAUAUGGAUUUUUCACCGUUUCAUGACGGACUAUUGGCAACUGGAUCGCAAGAUUGUCUUGUUAAAUUAUGGCACAUUCCAGAAGCCGGGUUAGAAGAGUCACUGUGCAAUCCUGAGUGCACGUUCUCACACCGGCAAAGACGAGUUGAAGUUGUUCGCUGGCAUCCUACCGCAGAGCAUUUACUGACAACAGUAUCUUACACAAAUUUAUCACUGUGGGACGUUAUUUCCCAGCAAGAAUUAUUCUCAAACAAUGAGCACGCUGAUGUAAUACAGUCGCUGAGCUGGAAGUACGACGGAAGUCUAUUGGCAACGUCGUGCAAAGACAAACAAGUCCGGAUAAUCGAUCCACGGGCUAGUAAAUCCAUUGUCCAGAUGUCCUCGAGUCACCAGAGCAUCAAGGACUCAAGAAUUGUCUGGCUCGGAAACGGUGACCGGCUUCUGACAACGGGAUUUGAUGCCGCGAGACUCAGACAAGUCUUCAUACGUGACUUGAGGAAUUUAAAUGACCCGGUUAAGACUCUGGAGCUGGACUGCAGCACUGGAAUUCUCAUGCCGCUGUUCGACCCCGAUACCAACAUGCUUUUCUUAGCCGGCAAGGGCGAUACGACAAUAAUGUACUUGGAGGUCACCGACAAGGAUCCAUUUUUAGUGGAAGGAAUACGACACAGCGGGGAACAGACCAAGGGAGUUUGCUUAGUUCCAAAGCGGGCUUUGAACGUUAUGCAAGCUGAAGUCAAUCGAGUGCUUCAACUCACUUCCAAUAUGGUUAUUCCGAUUAUGUAUCAAGUGCCGCGUAAGACAUACAGAGAUUUUCAUGGUGACAUAUAUCCUGAUACCGCUGGUUGUAUGGCUCAAAAUACCGCUGAGGCUUGGAUUAAAGGUCACAAUGCUCCAGUUCCUAAAAUAUCUUUAGAUCCAGCAAAACGCGCCAAAGGAGAAGAACCAAUAAUGAUCCACAAAGGAAAUCUGUCAUCGCUGAAAGAAACCCAGCAGGAAAUAAAAAUAGAGAACGCUAAAGCAGCUAAGAGUUUGCACUCGACACCGAAAGGCUUUGUGCAGUCAUCUAAAAUACAGUCUAUCAUUCAAGAGCGGGAGAAGAUUGAUAAGAAGGAAAAGGAGAUGGAAAAAGACCGUCUGAAGGAUAACAAAGACAAGGAUAAGGAUAAUAAAGAAAAAGAUAAAGAUAAGGAUAAGGAUAAAGAUAAUAAGAUAGAGUACGAGUUGGAGCGAAUCGAGCAGCAACCUGUCAGAUCAGAUACCGAUGAAGAUUUAAAAGGAAAGAUACAAAAUGGACAAUCAGUGCCUCCAAAGCCGCUACCCAGAUCCUCUCGCGCCAAUAGUAUUUCCGAGGAAGAACCUAAGCCUGUUGCUCGUCCUAGAACUUCACCGAGUACCGGUUCUGUUGUCACAUCCGUAAACCCCAAUAUAGUUGGAGGCUACAAGCCAAGACUGGGACCAAAACCAUUCCAAGCAAAAUCAGGUAGUCAAGAAUUUUCAUUCGACAAGGUAUUCUCAGUUCCGGUAGCACCAAGUACCGAUAGUAACGGCUACACCACAGGAGAUACAAACGCUUGUUCCGACACAAACGUGAUCACAGACUCCGAUAAGUCACCGACUUAUGACAAUGAGCGAAUCAAGGAAGCAGAGAACGGUAAAAGUGACUCUAGCAGUAUGGAAGAAGACGCAAACUCAAGCGACUCUGGUUACAAACCCAAGACACCGAGUACCGCUGAGCGACGUAAGUUAUUUGAGAUAAAAGUCAAAGACGAGUCACCGGAGAACGAAGAGCCGGGGAAUCUUGAGCGUGGAGGUGCCAACCGGAAUUCAAUCGCUGAAAGACGGAGGCUUUAUGAAAGCAGGUCGGUCUCAGUGACCGACGGGAACCUCGCCGAGAAGGCGAUGGGCUCUCCUACGGCUCUCCGGAGGAGAGACUCAUUCAAAACCAAGAGCGAAGUAAUCAAAGAAGACGAUGUCAAAAAAAUAGUGCCGAUGUUGAGGCAGCAGAGUAUGGAUCCACGUUUGGAAAAGCCAGAACCUAUCUCAACGCCAACUCCCAAGAGAACAUCAACAGUAUUCGGCCGUGUGUCCAAGUUCCGACACUUAAAAGGCACACCGGGUCAUAAAUCGACGCACAUUGAGAACAUUCGCAACAUCAGUCGACAGAUUUCUGGUGAAUGCGACGGCUUUCAUGCCAACUCUGACCGCGUUGCCGUUCCAUUGAGCGGUCCGGGAGGAAAAAUCGCCGUGUUGGAGCUUAAAAAAACUGGAAGACUUCCAGAUGGCGUGAUGCCAGCUCUGGUGCAUGGCGCGAGCAUAAUGGAUUUCCAGUGGGACCCAUUUGAUAAUCAGAGACUCGCUGUUGCUUGCGACGACGGCAUAAUCAGAUUGUGGGAGAUACCAGUCGGUGGAUUGAUUGAGCCAACAAAUGAACCUAAAUUCACAAUUGAAGCGCAUUCAGACAAAAUUUAUCUUAUUAAAUUCCACCCACUGGCUGCAGACGUUCUAACAUCGGCUUCUUAUGACACCACUGUAAAAAUCUGGGACCUGGCACCCUUGAAUUCAGGCACGGGCUCGGCAAUUGCCAAGAUAACUUUGACUGGACACACAGAUCAGAUUUUCAGUCUCGCGUGGUCACCUUGUGGCCAGUAUCUCGCGACAGCUUGCAAGGAUGGAAAGCUGAGGGUCUACAAACCGCGAGCUAGUGAGACUGCGAUAAAUGAGGGCAAAGGACCCGUUGGUACGCGAGGUGCUAGAGUUAUUUGGGCUCUAGAUGGCCGCUAUCUUGUUGUCAUGGGAUUUGAUAAAGUAUCUGAACGUCAGAUUAUCAUUUUUAAAGCGGAUAAAUUGAACUCUCCGCUGAACACUGUCGGGCUGGAUGUUUCACCGGCUAUUUUGAUGCCGUUCUAUGAUGAAGAUAGCUCGACUUUGUUCCUUACAGGCCGUGGAGACUCGACGAUUUAUACUUAUGAGAUCACUGAAGAAGCUCCUUACUGUUGCCCUCUGAGCCAUCAUCGCUGCGCUAGUCUACAUCAAGGCUUGUCAUUUCUUCCGAAGAAUAAGUGUGACAUCGCGAGUGUUGAGUUUGCUUCUGCACUCAGACUCACGAAUAACACUAUAGAGCCUCUGAGCUUUACUGUACCGCGGAUAAAGAGCGAACUCUUCCAAGAUGAUCUCUUCCCGCCGACUAGGGUCACUUGGACACCCACUCUUUCUUCUGCUGAAUGGUUCAGUGGCGUUAAUAAACAUGCGCCGAGGAUAAGCUUGAAACCACCUGGAAUGGACUGCUUAACGGAGAGCCAAGGCCAGGGAGUGGUUACCGCACCAAUUUCCGCUAAACAAACGUCACAAUUUUCGGUUUCACAACAAUCAUUGACAAGAAUGGGAUGGAACUCAGAUUUGAUAAAAGCCAAACAAGACGAGAUCCAAAAAAACAUGAGCAACAUGGUCGGUGACAUGAUUCAGUGUUCGCUGGAGCAAGAUCACAUGGAGGGCGUUGACGAGCACGAAUGGGACGAUUAAAGCAAUCUUACAAAUUCAUCCGCUUCAAGAUUAUUUUGAAUAUGCAAAUAAGCUGCGAUCGUGUGCAAGACACAGCCAUUUGGCUCACACGAGCUAAGCCAUAACUGAACCUUUAUUUCACUUACAUAUUAUUUUUUUUUUGUUAUUUAUAUUUUAAAAUUUAAUAUUUACAGAGAUAUUAAAUACUCCGCCAUCUUUUGGCUCUAUUGAGUCCAAGUAUUCAAUUACGAGCCUAUCCAUGACCGUAAUUAUAAUUAUAAAUUAAUAAUUAAUGCACUAAAAUUAAUUUUGUGCUAUUUAAUAUUUUAUAAAUUAUGUUUGGCAUUACGUAUAUUUAUUUUAAAUGCAAUUAGAGCUCGUGCUACUCAUUGUAAAUUUUGUCUUUAAAAAAGAAAAUCAAUUCCUUGAAAAUAAUUGCGAGCUCGACAAUACUAUUUACUCAAUUAAUUAUUAUUAUUAUUAUUAUUAUUAUUAUUAAUAUUGGGCGUUUUUAAAUAGUAACGCGUGAUAGUUCUAGUCUCGAAUGAUUUUUAAAAAAUACUUUUAUUAAUUAUUAUUAUUAUUGAUUAUUAUUUUAAAAAGACAUUUGAGUCUACCGUACGUAAUAUUGAUGCUAAAAUGUUAGUAUUAUAAUUAUAUUAUAACAAUUGUAGAUUUAUAGAGGCGAGUAGGCGAUUUACUUUUGCGCAAUAAUAUUUCGCCAAAGUAGUCGUAUUUUUUCUUCUUCAUCUUCGUCUUUAUUAUCUAAUCUUGUCUUUAAAAAAACAAAAAAAAAAUAAAUAAAAACCAAAACAAAAAAAAAUGAUACUAAAAUUUUUAUACUUUUUGACAAAUUUUUUAAUUAGCAAAGUAACAAAAAUAAAAAAAAUAUAACGGAAAAUUCAAGUAAAUAUUAUUGAUAAAUAAUACUCAAUUGAUAAGAGAUUUUGUUUUUAAAUAAUUAAACAGAAGAAUAAGUAAAAGAUAUUCUUUGAACCGUACGCACACGAGUCAUAAUAUGAAAUAAAUUAUAAUAUUAUUAUUAUUGAUAUUAAAUUUAUUAAUAAUGAUUAAUUAAUGAAUGAAUUAAUUAAUUACUAUGAUUAUUAAAUAAGAUAGUGAUGAUGAUGAUGAUGAUAUGCAAUACUUUACACUACUGUAAUUAAGUAUUCCGUGAUUUUAUUUGUUUUGAUGAUAAAUAAUUUAAAGACAAAAGAACCAUAUCGAUUUGAGUCUUUAAUAAAUGGAUUGAUAAAGAGACUGUCACUUAAACUUUGAUAACGAAUAAAAUAAUAACAAAGAACGAAUCCGGGAAAAAAUUUUCAAAUUUUAUAAAAUUCAUAUUAUUUCAUUAAAAUUAUUAUAAAAUAAAAAUUAUAAUAAUAAUAAUCAUAAUAAUAUUUUUUUUUUAACAAAAAAUGAAGUAAUCAUUCUGCACGGAAAGAACGAGAUGACACUGGAUAUCAUCCCAGAUUAUACUGAGUGAAAAAAAAUUUUCAGAUAGUAGCUAGUAUAAUCCAGAUUACAAUGAGUAUAAUCCAGAUUAUAAUGAGCAUAAUUCAGAUAUCACUCAGUAUAAUCUGGAUUUUUUUUAACUACUAUCUGAAAUUUUUUCUACCACAGAUAUCACUGAGUAUAAUCUGAGAUGAUAUCCAGCGUCAUCUUGCUCUUUCUGUGUGGGGUGCUUGUUUUUCAGAAAAAUUGUGGGGGUGGAUAUUAUAAUUUUUAUAUUAUAAUAAUUCUAAUGAAAUAAUAUGAAUUUUUCAUAACUUAAAAAUUUUUUCCGAUUACCCAAAGAACAUGUCGAGGAAUUUGUUUGUGUCUUUAGACACAAAUUGGCUGGGAAAUAAAAAUUUUUUUCUAAAUAACGAUAAUAAUAAUAAUAUAACUAAUAGAUACCGAAAAAUUAUUUUAAAUAUAACCCGUUUAAACUUUUUCAAGUUUUUUAUCUAUUUUACACUGCUAAUAAUAAUAAUUAUUUUUGCGAUUGUGAUUGCAAUACAAUUUUUCUAUGGUAUAUAUUUUUUUAGUAUGAAUGCAUCAUUUGGAUACUUAAAUGAAAAAAAAAAAUUAAUUGAAUUUUUAGUGAUCGAUUGUCAUUUUUAUUGUGAACACUGUGUGUUGAGAGUAAUGUAAUUUAAAUCUGGUGCUACAAUCUCCUGUACAUGCUUCGAUUUCACUUAAUAUCUAGACAAUAACGAUAAUAAUUAUGAAUUAUGUAUGUCUAAUGUUAACUGUUAUCAAGCAUUAAUGUAACACCUGCUCCAUUAACCAACGAGGUGCCAAAAAAAAAAAAAAUUUUAGACAAUUUUUGAUUUUUAUAAAACAACUAUUUGUAAGCGGCGUUAAUAAAAUUUUAAACAGAGGCCUCGGUCAUUCCAAGAGCAUUCCAAGAGCGUAACAAGUAGAAUAAUAAAUUAAAGUUUAAGAGUAAAACUGUAAUACUCGUUUAAUAGUUUUAUUAUUUUAUAUUUUUGUAAUUGAUUUUAAAACAUUGAUUUAUUAUUUCAGUACAUUCACUUGCUCAAACUCAAGUAGUACUUUCUUCUGUAAAAUCAUUUUUAAUUUUAUUUGUAAUUUAUUAUUAUUGUGUUGUGUUUUAAUUGAUGAAUAACUGUCAGCGUGUGGACCCGAAUACUUUUCGACCAAAUAAUUAACGGGUCGUAGCCUAAAAGUACCUCGAAGCUCAACAUUUAGUGUUGAUACUGGUAAUUUGCCAUGUAGUUUUUUUGUCUCAGUAGUGACGUCUCUUUGUAUCUACUUUAUAUCUUACAUGUAUUUCAUCAAUAAGAUAUUUCUACCAAAUAA